ACCAAAAAAAAAAAAAAAAAAAAAAAUCGAAGAAACAAGAAUAAUCGAGCAGCAAAAGAGCAGAAAUUAGAUUAUUGCUGUAAACAAAUCAAUACAAAUUCGAUUCACAAAAAUCAUGGAUUUACCUGGUGAAUUAGGAUUAUCAUCAUUAUUUGGCCAUACAUUUGGCAACAACAACAACAACAACAACAAUAGUUCAUUAGAAUUAUUGUUGGAAAAUCCAUUGUUAUUGGAUUAUUGCCGUCGACAACAACAAUAUCCUAAUAUUGGUGAUGGUGGUGUUGGUGUUGGUGGUGGUGAUGGUGGAUCAACCGGUUCACUACCAGCUACACCAACACAAAGUCGUUCAACCAACGAAUUAAUAUUGUUCGUAUUCAUUAUCCUCUAUUGUUUGGUAUUUUUGGUCGGUUUUUUCGGCAAUUCAUUGGUCAUCUAUGUGGUGUUGAGAUUCUCAAAAAUGCAAACAGUGACCAAUAUGUACAUAUUUAAUCUGGCUAUUGCCGAUGAAAUGUUUCUGAUUGGUUUGGUAUUUUUGAUUACAACAUUUUUCGUUAAAUAUUGGAUGUUUGGUCGUAUCCUGUGUAAAAUCUAUAUGACAUUCACAUCGAUCAAUCAAUUCACCAGUAGCCUUCUAUUAACGGUAAUGAGUGCUGAUCGUUAUGUUGCUGUUUGCCAUCCAAUAGAUGCACCACGUUUUCGAACAUCUUUUAUUGCCAAAUUUGUUUGUUUAACCGUUUGGACGAUAUCAGCACUAUUAAUGGUACCAAUAUUUAUGUAUGGAAAUACAAUGGAAUCGGAAACCACGGUCACCUGUAAUAUAAUAUGGCCAGAAAGUGAUCAAAUGAAAGGAGCACGUACAUUUACAUUGUAUUCAUUCUUUCUGGGAUUUUUCAUACCAUUUGUAUUGAUAUUUUUAUUCUACAUUUUGGUCAUUUGUCGUUUACGACAUGUUGGACCGAAGAAAAAAUCAAAAGAAAAAAAGAAAUCACAUCGUAAAGUAACCUAUUUAGUAUUGACAGUUAUAUCUGUGUACGUACUUUGUUGUUUACCAUAUUGGAUUGGACAAUUCUACAUUACAUUCAUUGCAUCUGGCCAUAGUCAAUUUGCAUUCAUUUUUAAUCUAUUGGCCGGAUGUCUUACUUAUGCUAAUUCGGUCGCUUAUUAAACAUUCGAUAACAUUAUUUUAUUCCUGUUUACGUUUUUAGCAUUCUUAAGUGAAAACUUUAAAAAGUUUUCCAAAGCAUUUACCUGUGCAUCCGGUAACGAUGUAAAUGCUCAAUUAAAUCUAGAAAAUAGCCAAAUAACAACAAAUCGAUAUAAUCAUCAUUAUCAUCAUAAUCAACAACAACAACAACGGCGACGUAUAACAACAACAACAACAACAUCAACAACAGUGGCUACUACAUUGAGCAGUCCAGCUAUAAUUACAUCGAAUGAUAAGGAAAAAGAUUUGAUUGAAAAUAAUUUGUCCAGUGUUGGUGAAUGA